AUGAGUCACAGCCCAGAAAGGAUCUCGUCAUACCGCAGACAUUUCGAGGAAUGCACCACCUCCUCGUCCUCCACCGCGCUCCAGGUGAGGGUGUCCAGCGCCUCUCCUGCCCGCCAGCAGCGCUCCGCUAGCUACUCCCGCUCGGCCGCAGCCUCAGCUGCCAACGGCAUGGCGAUGGGACGCAGGGCUGUCUCCUCCUCCCGGAGGUCCCUGAUGGCGAGCGGCGCAAGCAUGGGCUCCGUCUGUGUGGGCGCCAAUGGAGAAGCGAUAGAUCUGGACGCAGCUGCCGCCGAAAAUCAGGAAUUCCUCAACACUCGCACCGGCGAGCGCAAGGAGAUGGUCGUGCUGAACGACAGGCUGGCUGCAUACAUCGAGAAGGUCCGGUCACUGGAGCAGCAGAAUAAGCUGCUGGAGACAGAAAUCGAGGCCCUCCAGAACCGGUUCCUGAAACCCACGGGCCUGCGCAUGCUGUAUGAAGAGCAGCUGAAGGAGCUGAGGAAACUUGCAGAACAAAUGAGGAGGGAGCGGGACCUGGCUGUUGCUGCUAAAGAUGCCAUGGCUGGACAUCUGGAGAUGAUGAAGGCCAAAUAUGAGGAGGCUGUGGAGCUGAGGAAGAAGGCCGAGAUGGACCUGGAGAACUUCCGCCCUGAUGUUGACGCAGCCACCUCCGCCCGCAUUGCUUUGGAGAAACAACUUGAAAACCUGGAGGCCGAGAUGGAGUUCCUGAAGAGAAUUCAAAGACAGGAAAUCGAGGACCUCAUGAAACAGAUCUACGCUGCCCAUGCCUCCGCCCAAGGCGCCUUCGGCCUUCCUGAUCUCUCGGAUGCUCUGAAGCAGAUUCAGAAUGAGUAUGACACCAUCGCAGCAAAUAAUCUUCAGAAAAUGGACUCGUGGUACAAUUCAAAAUUCGACGAUUUAAACAACAAAUCCACCAAACAUGUGGACAGGAUUCGUGGUGCCAGAGGGGAGCUAUCAACGGCCAAAAAAGAUAUUCAAGACAGGGAGCGAGACCUGGAUGGUCUGAAGACUAAAAAUGAUGCUCUUGAAGCACAGAUUCUUGAAGCUCAAGAGAGACACAAGAGAGAGCUGAAGGCUCUCCAGGCCAGGAUCGAGGCUCUUCAGUUGGAGCUGAAAUCCACAAAGGGGAAAAUCGCUCAGCUGCUGAUGGAGUACCAGGACUUGCUCAAUGUGAAGAUGAGCCUGGAGAUUGAGAUCACAACAUACAGGAAACUUAUUGAGGGUGAGGACAUGCGCAUCACCAGCAUAGUGCAGGGACUGAUGAGCAUGAAAGCCAUUAGUGCUGGGAUGAGCGGAGCCGGAGCCAUGGUGGCUGGAAUUGGGGCCGGAAUGGGGGCCGGAGCAGGUGCUGGAAUGGGGGCCGGAGCAGGUGCUGGUGCUGGAAUGGGAGUAGGAGCAGAGAUGGAUGCUGGAGCUGCGGUCGAAGUAGCAGCUGGAAUGGCUGCCCACCUGGGAAUGGCGGCCAGUGGUCUUGCUGUCGGAAGUGAUGAAGCAGCCAAUGGAAAUGGAAGCCUUGGAGCGGCCCUGGGAAAUGGCGUCCACGGCGAGACCAUCGCCACCUACUCUGAGGAGCAGGCAGUGGAGGUGACCGAGAGGAAGACCGUCCUCAUCAGAACGGUUAUAAACGAUGACGAUGACACAGUUGAGAGUGACACACAGGAGUGUAACUACAUCAUUGAAGGCGCCGCUGACGAAGAAGAGGAAUAG